AUGGAGGACAACAAACCAUGGGCUCUGAUCUCAGAGGUGGGCGAACAAGGUUACAUUGAAGAGGUCACGGACAUACUGAAACAACACUUCCAUAUCAUCUGCCACAAAGAAUUCCUUCAAAACCUUCAGUUGCACAGGCCAAAGAUUCAGGCCAUAUUAAUGUGGAAGGGCUUGCCUCUACCGGAGCAUUCGCUGUUCAGUUCGCUUCCCUCGCUGAAGGUGCUCGCCAGCGUAGGAGUGGGCAUUGAACACCUGGAUUUGCCAUACAUCACCAGUCUGGGAGUGAAGGUGACCAACACGCCAGGUGAAGUGACCGAUGCCACUGCAGAUAUUGCGAUGGGUCUGCUUCUGGCAUCGGCACGCAGGAUUGUUGAAGGCCACCAAAUAGCUAUCGACCCGAACAAUGCCUAUUUACUACCAAGGCUGAUGGGAGUUGAAGUCACAGGGUCGACUCUGGGCAUUAUUGGAAUGGGACACAUUGGCAGCAAAAUUGCUCAAAGAGGCAAAGGAUUUGACAUGAAGAUCCUGUAUUACAACAGAAACAGGAGGAGUGUUGAAGAUGAGCAGGCAGUUGGUGCGAGUUACCGGGAGAACAUGGACGACCUGCUUAAAGAGUCUGACUUUGUCAUGCUGGCGGUCACCCUGACCCCUGAAACCACAGGCCUGAUCGGCUACAGAGAGCUGUCCCUCAUGAAACCCACAGCAACUCUGGUCAACAUCAGCAGAGGUCUGGUUGUGGACCAGGAUGCUUUAGUCAAAGCUUUGCAGUCUGGAACAAUUCGUGCGGCGGCAUUAGAUGUGACUUACCCUGAACCAUUACCAAGGGAUCAUCCUCUCCUUGGCCUUCCUAAUGUGCUGAUCACCCCCCACGUUGGCACCAACACUUACACUACAACAAGAAAGAUGGUGCAGAAGCAGGUUGACAAUGCUUUGGCUGUACUGAAUGGCCAAUUUAUUCCCAAUGAAGUCAAACCACAAUGACUUCAGUAAUGGUACCUCAUCUGUCUGUAGUUAGAAGAGUUUUCCUAAUGCAGGAUGAAGUACAUAUAUUAGUUUUUACCUGUUUGGUUGUUCUGUCCAACAAUCUGCCGUCAUUACUGUGAUCAACAUGAUUAGUUUAUAAACAAUAAGAUAACUAAUGUAUCAAUUAGCAAAUGUUUAAUAUCAUCUGUAAACAAAUGAUGGAUAUAAAAUGACAUGACUGCAUAAUUAUAUAAAUGUUUAAGUGUAAUGUUGGAGCCAUUGAGGUUGAUUAUUUUUGUUAUUUGUUAUUUUUGUAUUUAUUUUUUGUUGACACUAGGAGCACUGAGCUCAAGGUCGGGCACUUGUCUAGGUCGAGGGAUAAAGGGUGUGUCAGUGUCAGGUGAUGCACCAGGAAGGGACAUGUUUUUUUUACCAGAGAAAGAGAGCAGAUCAAGAUAGCAGAGCAAGAUAGCAGAGCAAGAGAGAGACUGCAGGAGGAAUAUUUUGCUUUUGAUCUCAAAAAUUAAAUUAACCUAAAACGCAGAUCACGACUGGGGUUCUUGCCUGAGUACAAUCCGACUGAAUUGGUGCAUCAGUGGCCUUUGGAUUUGUAAGUUUUCUAUUUGAUUUUUUCUCAUUUACAAAUCGCCACUACAUGUAGUAUUACCUUUUUUUGACUGAAUGACUAGUAUCACAUUUUGCUCAUCUGUAUGUUAUUAUCAUUUCUCAUACUCCCAGAGUUCUCUUAUUGUAACAAUUUGCAUAUAUAUCAUUGGAUUAAUAGAUUUUUGUUUUUCAUAUUUCUCCACCCUUUCAUGAUG